AUGGAUCAACUCCAGUCCGUGUGGAAGGAAUUUAAUGGAAUCGGGGAUUCCAUAGCCCUUCUGGAAGAUGUGGACGGCUAUGUGGAUCCAGAGAUCGAUCACGUGACCUACGAAGAGAAGUACUUGAAGGCAUAUUCUUUACUUCUGGGAAAAAAACGGCUAGUUCAACAACAAGCAUCAUUGUCUGGCGACGGCAAUGGCGCCAUGGGUCUGCACGCAUAUAACGACGACAUCGUUCAUUUGCUGCAACAACAACAACAACUCUUUGAACAGUUAGCUGCAAACCAGAGCAGUUCAAACUUGUCGAUGCCCGCUCGCAAUGAGGUGGCUGCUUCGGGUUCGACUUCGGGAAACGGCACGACGGCAUUUGUGCAUGCCGGCGAAUUGCCAAAAAUUCAAAUAAAACGGUUCGCUGGACUCUACACAGAGUGGCCAGCUUUUCAAGAUAUCUAUGAGAGCACGAUACACAACAAAAGGGAGUUAACCAACACUCAAAAGUUUCAUCAUUUAAAAACACUGCUCGUCGAUGAUGCUGCCAACUUGGUGCGGCACCUGGCGAUAACUGACACGGCUUACAACACUGCUUGGGAACGCUUAAAGGAAAGAUACAAUAGGCCACGCCAUAUUGUGAACUCAUUUUUGGAGAAAUUUAUGGGUCUACCAACGACAAACAAAAUUGAUGUGUCCAUCUUACGCAAGGUAUCAGAUGGCACAAAUGAGAUUGUUCGCGGUCUCGAUGCGAUCAAUCAUACAGGACGGGACUGCUGGAUACAAUAUCUGGUAUUGGAAAAGCUUGACGCUGAUACACGGCGCAGGUGGAUUGAGCGCAGCAUGGGCAACGAGGCGCCCACACUGGAGGAAUUCUUCAAGUUCUUAGAUGAUCGUUGUGAGGAAUUAGAGCUCAGCAAACGGGAGAUUGCGUUGGAGGCAAAAUGCCGGCGCAAAUCACACACACAAAACGGGUCACACAUUCGAUGGUUGCAGUUCAAGCUGGCAGCUGCACCAAAUGUCAGGCGACGGAUCAUAAGUUGUAUGGGCUUGCAGAAACGUCGUAUGUUACAUCAGGGAAAAGGCUUUAUGUUAUAA